UGAGAAGGGGAAAAUGGCGGAAGAUAGGGGAACAACAGGAACCAUAAACCUAAGCCAGAAUGUGAAAGAGGAAACAAUAAAUAUAAGUGGUCAGAUCCAUCAUCUUCCAUGCUACAUCAAAUUCAAUGGCCCUUGCUCUGUUUCUCAAUACUUCAAACCCAAACUCAAAGGGAAGGAUAUUGAUGGGUUAACAGUAAAGGAAGCGCAUUUUAGAGGAAGGAAGCUUCAAGGAACUACUAUUUCUCUUCCAAAUGGAUAUUCUGGCUUUGUUCUUACGAAGAAAACCUCGGGCAAGAGGAAAGCUUGUGAUGUAUCUGAAGAGAACUCAAACAAUUGGGAAAUGAAAGCCAUGUUUGAUGAAUUAACAUAUUGGAAUCACGAUAGCCUUCCAUCAAAAGAUGAUCCCUUCCUGCGUUCUUUUCAUUGGUUUGCUGUUGCAGAAGCUCUGCACAAACCGGUAAAAGCUGAAGACUUGGCUACUGUUGAUGCUGCCCCGGGGAGAAACUAGUGGACCAAUAAUUGAAAGCGUGGAGCAUCUUCUGAUAUCCGGCCACUGCAUUUCUUUCUUGUACAGUUCGUAGUGGGGAAAGAAUUGAUAGGCUGAGUGAAAACAUGGCGAAAAUCCGAUAACCUUCAUCUAUGAUUUACUGAACUUCUGAUUCGUAGAGUAAGUUAGACUUAUCAACAUCAAAAAUCUCUUUGGAGGAGCACAAACUAG